AUGGCCUUAAACAGGCCUCCCGUCAAUGGCUCGGGUACAACUUUUGUUGCUUUACUGGUGUAUGUGGAUGACAUAGUCAUCACGAGCCCUUCGCUUGAUACUGUUCAACAGUUGAAGUCUUUUCUACACACGCAGUUCAAGCUGAAAGAUCUUGGCAGUUUAAAGUACUUCCUUGGUCUUGAGAUUGCUCGUUCCUCCUCUGGAAUUGUUUUAUCUCAGCGACAUUACACAUUACAACUUCUUGAAGACACUGGUUUUUUGGCUUCCAAACCAGUCUCCGUUCCCAUGGAUCCCAAGCUUCAACUUAAUGCUACAGAUGGCGAUCUUCUUCCCGAAGCUUCUCAGUACAGACGUCUUAUAGGUAGGCUGCUUUACCUCACUUUAUCCAGGCCGGGCAUCUCUUAUGCUGUUCAUAAGCUCAGUCAGUUUAUGGCUGCUCCUCGUCUGCCUCACCUGCAGGUUGUUCAUUACCUUCUCAGAUACCUUAAAUCCAGGCCUGGGCAAGGUUUGUUUUUUAACUCCACUUCCUCUUUGCAGCUUCGAGCCUUCUCCGAUGCUGACUGGGCAGCAUGUUCAGAUUCGAGAAAGUCAGUUACUGGGUUUUGUGUUUUCCUUGGUGAAUCCUUGAUAUCUUGGAAAGCUAAGAAACAAUCCACAGUAUCUCGUUCUUCUGCUAAAGCGGAGUAUCGAGCCUUGGCUACCGCCACUAGUGAGUUAGUAUGGAUUCAACAAUUAUUACGAGACUUUGCUAUUCCUACUUCUCCUCCAACGCUUCCAUUUUGUGAUAGUCAGGCUGCCAUACACAUUGCUUCGAAUCCCAUUUUUCAUGAACGAACGAAGCAUAUCGAGAUAGACUGUCAUUUUGUUCGUGACAAAGUCGCUGCUGGAUUUGUCAAGCUUAUGCCUAUUAGGUCUCAACAUCAAUUGGCUGAUAUGUUUACUAAGGCUUUGCCAGCCAGUUCUUUAUUUUCUUUGCUGUCCAAGAUGGCUAUAAAAGACAUUUAUAGUCCAUCUUGA